AUGGCGUCGUCCCACAUCAUCCUGCCCAAGGAGGAGGAGGAGGAGGCGGCGGCGGUGGCGGAGGCCGGGUUGGGCGUGGCGGUGGAGGCGGACCACGACUCCCCGGCGCAGCGGCCGUACCAGGAGCAGGCGCCCGGGAAGGCGGCGCUGCCGUUCUCGGCAACGUGCGUCCGGAUCUCCCGCGACUCGUACCCGAACCUCCGCGCGCUGCGGAACGCGUCCACCAUGGCACUCCACGAUGAUGACGCCGCCUUCGUCAAGAUCGAGGAGGGCGACUACGGAUACGUGCUCGACGACGUCCCGCACCUCACCGACUACCUCCCGGACAUCCCCACUUUUUCUAAUCCUUUGCAAGAUCAUCCGGCGUAUUCAACUGUCAAGCAAUAUUUUGUCAAUGCAGAUGAUACAGUCCCUGAAAAGGUGGUUGUUCAGAAGAACAGUCCACGAGGAGUUCACUUCCGUCGUGCUGGACCUCGUCAGAGGGUGUAUUUUGAGUCAGAAGAAGUGAAAGCUUGCAUUGUAACCUGUGGAGGCCUUUGCCCUGGGCUCAAUACUGUCAUCAGAGAGUUGGUGUGUGGCUUGUCCCACAUGUACAACGUUAGCAAUGUCUUUGGAAUACAGAAUGGGUACAAGGGAUUCUAUUCGAGCAAUUAUCUUCCCAUGACACCAAAGAGUGUCAAUGAUAUCCACAAACGAGGUGGUACAGUUCUUGGAACAUCACGAGGUGGCCAUGAUACCAAAAAGAUCGUUGACAACAUUCAAGAUCGUGGAAUUAAUCAGGUGUACAUUAUAGGAGGAGAUGGAACUCAGAAGGGUGCAUAUGAGAUUUACAAGGAAAUUCGGAGACGUGGUCUACAAGUAGCUGUUGCUGGUAUUCCCAAGACUAUUGAUAAUGAUAUAGCGGUUAUAGACAAGUCAUUUGGUUUUGAUACUGCUGUAGAAGAAGCCCAGCGUGCCAUCAAUGCAGCUCACGUGGAAGCUUCAAGUGCUGAAAAUGGGAUAGGAUUAGUGAAGCUUAUGGGUCGCUAUAGUGGGUUUAUUACCAUGUAUGCUACUCUUGCAAGCAGAGAUGUGGACUGCUGCUUGAUUCCUGAGUCACCCUUUUAUUUGGAAGGGGAGGGUGGACUAUUCCAGUAUAUAGAUAGGAGGUUGAAGGAGAACAACCACAUGGUUAUUGUUGUGGCGGAGGGAGCUGGACAGGAUCUUAUUGCUCAAAGUAUACCUGCUGCAGAUCAGCAAGAUGCAUCUGGAAAUAAACUGCUUCUUGAUGUUGGUCUCUGGUUGACUCACAAGAUUAAGGAUUAUUGCAAGAGUAAGAAGAUGGAGAUGACUAUUAAAUACAUAGAUCCAACUUACAUGAUCCGUGCUAUUCCAAGCAAUGCAUCAGACAAUGUCUAUUGCACACUGCUCGCACAUAGUGCCAUUCAUGGUGCAAUGGCAGGAUACAGCUUUACAGUCGGAAUGGUUAAUGGCAGACAUGCAUAUAUACCAUUUCAUAGGGUAACGUCUACAAGGAACAAGGUGAGGAUAACUGACAGGAUGUGGGCGAGGUUGCUGUCUUCAACCAACCAGCCGAGUUUCCUGAGCCAGAAAGACAUCGACGCGGCCAGAGAAGCCGAUAAGGCGGCCAACCGCAUGAAGAGCGGAGAGGAUGCGAAGAAUCAAUCUGCACCAGUGUUGGCAAAUGGCAUAGACGGCCUCGAAGCGCAACCCGCCGCGCCGACACCACCACAGCAGCCGGCAACCGAUGUUCCUGUGCCAGUGCCACAAAUUGCAAGACCGGACGUCGACAACGCGAGGGCACCUGAAUCCGUCAAUGCGGACGACGCCGGUGCAGCUGCAGGUGAUCAGGAGGUGCAGGCGAACCAAGAAGCAGAAACCGCGGAGACCGACGUUGCAGGUGGAACCCUGACGCAGGCGGAGGUGAAGCCGACGGCACCCGGAACAAACGCCUCGUGGUCGUGGCCCGCGACACCACCGGACACGACAGAGCGCGACGACGUGGCGCCGGCGCCUCGAACCGAGCACGCACAGGCGGCCGAGACCGAGAUGGAGCCGGACGUCGACACCGCGAAGCCCGAAGGCUGCACCACGCCGCCGCCGCCGCCGGUGCACGACUCGGAGGGGUCCGACACGCAGAGCGCCGACGGCCGCGGGAGCCCAAUGCACGGGAUGCAGGCGGGCGCGAGCGUGAAGCGGGACGUUGCUGCCUCCAAGUCGAGGCUGUUCGCGUUCCGGUCAUUCACGCGGGACAAGAAGGUGAUCAAGCCCGACGGGGCCGCAGACACGGCAUCUCCAGAUAGAGGCAAGGCGGGGGAGGCGGGCGCGAAGAACAAGGAGAAAGGCAAGGGAAGGAGGAAGAGAUUCUGGAAGUGA